CGAAACGAGACUCAGAGAAUGAAGAUAAUGGAAUUACCAAGCGAGCUCCUGCAACACAUCGCAGCGCAGCUCGAUUCCGUCGCCGACCUCAAUGCUUUCGCGCAGACCUGCGCCCGCGCCUACCAACUGGUCAGCCCUUAUCUCUACCGGUACGACGGCCAAUACUGCGGCGGGACCGCGUUAUGCUGGGCGGUCGAGGGGGGCCGUCAGCAGACCGCGCAGAAAUUGCUGGACCUCUAUCACUCCGUGCUGUCCGAUUCACAGAUGCAGUUCGUUGCCCACCGGGCCCUCGUGCUGGCGGCCCAGUACGGCCAUCCGACGAUCGUGCAGAUGCUGCUUGAACUGGAAUGCGUUGAUCCGGACGUGCGACUGAUUCCGACCUCGAAGGUGACACCGCUCAUGUACGCGGCGUCCGCGGGCCACGAGGAGGUGGUCCGCGUGCUUCUGGCGACGCAGCGAGUCGACGUGAAUGCGCGAGACGCCUGGGGCGCCACCCCGCUGCAUCGUGCCGCGGCGGCGGCGGCGUCGGCCGGGAGUUCUCCGAAUGAGGCGGUGGUCCGGCUGCUGCUGGCUACCCCUGGCGUUCGCCCUGACCUUCGCGAUCAUCUAGGUCGGACACCGCUGACGUGGUUGGCGGGACAUGGCGAGGCGGCUUUGCUGGAGUCGCUGCUGUUCAACCACCAUGUCAACCCCCAUCCGAGGGACGAGGCGGGCAACAUCCCAUUGUUUGAGGCCGUGCGGAACGGGCACGAAGCGGUGGUGGAUCUCCUGCUUCGGGCUGGCGGACCGGGGGAUGUCGAUGCGACCGACGAGGACGGAAAAACCGCCCUGGCCAUGGCGGCGGAAGACGGCCACGUGGGAGUCGCACAGCUGCUUUUGGCGGCGGGUGCGAGUCCUGAUGUUAAGGACACUUUUGGGCAGACUCCGCUGGCAAAAGCGGCACAGGCUGGCUGGAAAGAAGUUGUGGAGCUUUUGCUUGCCACGGAGGGUGUGGACUGUAACUCUCAGGAUGCCGAGGGUCGGACUCCGUUGUCAUUGGCGGCGGAGAAUGGGUUUGUGGACGUCGCCAAGGUGUUGCUCGCGGCGGAUGCCGAUCCAACUCUACCCGAUCACGACGGGAGAACGCCCCUUGCUUGGGCGGAGGACUUUGGGAACGAGAUCUUGGCUGACCUGCUGCGCGAUCGAGAUGAGUGA